AUAGACGCUCCAAGCACCUAAUUCCUCUUUGUUGCUACUCUUUACCACGUCUCUCUCUCUCGAUCUCUCUUUCCCAUGAAGCGAUUCCCUGGAUUCUUCAUCGCCCCCCUCCUUCUCCUCACUCUAAUCUCCGUUUCCUACUUCCAAUCCAACUCCGACGGGACAUGGAAGUAUCCUUUCCGCUCCUCGGACCUCCUGCCUCUUCUCCCCUCCUCAAUCUCGUGGCCGAUCCUCCGUUCGCUGCGCAGCGCCGUCGACCUGCUCCCGACGUACGUCGGCGUCGUAUCAUCGCCGGAGACCAAACUACAGUGGAAAGGUGCGUGCUUUUACAACAACACGGCGUGGAUGGAGUUUCACAAUAAGAGUAAGUCGCCAUACGGCGGCGGAACUCUCCAUAUAAUGGUCAAUAAUGCUCAUAGCUGGACUUGUAUGGAUCUUUACGUUUUUGCAACUCCAUAUCGCGUUACGUGGGAUUAUUAUUUUUUGUCUCGAGAGCAUACCCUUGAGUUUGAUGAGUGGGAAGGAAAAGAAGAGUAUGAACAUGUAAAACAUCAUGGCGUGUCUAUCUUCCUCAUGCAAUCUGGGAUGUUGGGAACUCUCCGUGCUUUGUGGGACGUUUUCCCUCUAUUCACAAAUACGGGAUGGGGUGAGAACUCAAAUCUCGCUUUUCUCAAGAAGCAUAUGGGGGCAAAAUUUGAGGAACGACCCAAACCUUGGAUAUCGAGCAUCAAUGUUGAUGACGUUCACUCGGGUGAUUUCUUAACUUUAUCUAAAAUCCGUGGCAGAUGGGGUGGUUUUGAAACUCUUGAAAAGUGGGUGACUGGUGCGUAUGCUGGUCAUACUGCUGUUUGCCUAAAGGAUUCUGAAGGAAAACUUUGGGUUGCAGAAUCUGGACAUGAAAAUGACAAGGGUGAAGAUGUAAUUGCUAUAUUACCAUGGGAGGAGUGGUGGGAUUUUGAAUUGAACAAAGAUGACUCAAAUCCGCAAAUUGCAUUGCUUCCACUGCAUCCUGAUGUCCGUGCCAAAUUAAAUGUUACUGCAGCUUGGGAGUAUGCUCGAAGCAUGGAUGGAAAGCCUUAUGGCUAUCACAAUAUGAUCUUCAGUUGGAUAGAUACUCCAAAAGAUAACUACCCGCCACCAAUUGAUGCACAUUUGGUUGCUUCUGGUAUGAUAAUGUGGUCUAAAAUUCAGCCAGCUUAUGCUGCUAAUAUGUGGAAUGAAGCCUUGAACAAACGGAUUCAAACUGAGGGACUUGAUCUGCCCAAUAUUAUUGUUGAAGCGGAGAAGCUUGGCUUUUCGUUCGACAAAUUGCUGGCAAUUCCAGAGAAUGAUGAUUGGAUUUAUUCAGACGGGAAAUCAACUUCUUGUGUUGCUUUCAUCCUGGAGAUGUACAAGCAUGCCGGCCUGUUUGAUCCUAUCGCCAGGUCUAUACAAGUCAAUGAGUUCACAAUUAAAGAUGCAUACACCCUAAAGUUCUUUGAGAACAACUAUAGCCGACUGCCUGAGUGGUGCAACAAAGAGGACAAUGUGAAGCUUCCUUUCUGUCAGAUUAAAGGGAAAUAUAGGAUGGAAUUACCUGGAUACAAUACCAUGGAGCCAUAUCCUCACAUGAAUGAGAAAUGCCCUUCUCUUCCACCAGACUAUGACAGGCCAACCUAUUGUUGAAGAAGAAGGUAAGGUGUUCUUAUCGAAAAUAUGUACAUCACACUCGUAGUUAAGGAAUCAGAUACUUGUUCUUCUGCAUGUAUCCACGUUCCAUUCUUUUUUAGGG